AUGCAGAAGCUGACGCUGAUUCUAUGCGUCCUCAAAACUGCCGUUACUUCGGAUGUGGAAGACCUGGCAUGUGCGGUUGAAGCAGUUGAGUGGCAAGAGUACCAUUCGGCCUACGAAGCCGCCACCCGAGCAACCGCACUUGGGGAGAGCGCUGAACGGGAUGUUGCCAGAGCUGCUUUGGCUGAGCAGUUACUGCUCCGGACAUCCAACGUCACCGAUGUUCUCUCGUGCAACGUUGGGGUCAUUGCUGGGUAUUACCUGCUGGCGCGCCUGGUGUCUCAGGAGGCGGUGGAUACCAUGGGCCUUUUUGGUGGAGCAGCGGAGGGCCAGACGGGCCUGGCAUAUCGACUGCUGCAGCUGGCGUUGGUCUUCAUUUUUACCUUGCGGAAUGCCAACCGAAUACCCACUGGACCAGCCAGGGCCUGGGGUGUCAAUGAGCACCUCAUCAUCCCCGCCAUCAUGCACAUGCGCAGGGGCCAGGAGCUGAAACGCCAGACUGACCUCCGGAAAUUGGUUCCCAUUUCGCCCCGCUUUCGCGAUCCCAAUCUGAAGAUUGGGAUUGUUUCCAUUUGUGCUUACCCUGAAGAUCAUCCCUUGGCGCUGCCAAAGCUGACCCCGGCCAACCGGGAAGCUUAUGCCGAACGCCACGGAUAUCAGCUUCGGAUGCACUUGGAGCAUCCAGUCAUAGGAGCCCAUGGCCUGGGGGUGCAGCAUGCCAAACUGGCCACUGUACUGGCAUAUCUUCAGUCCAAUGAGUUUGACUGGGUAGCCUGGCUGGAUUGCGACUCCAUCAUCAUGAAUCUGAAUCGAACCCUAGAUUCGGUAAUUUAUCAGUAUGCUCAGAGGCGGAUUCAGGCAGAAGAUGUGGGUGAAGAUGUGCCGACUAUAUGUGGGGAGUUGAAUGAUGAAGCUGAUGCUUUGGUCGGAGAGUGGCUUGAUUCUUGGGUCACGGGUGAUUUCCAGGAGGAAAGCGUGAUACAGAUCCGUCGCGGGGCGGACGAUGACGUUUAUGCAGAAGCGCCGCAAAUCGGUCUUGUGCAGGGGAGACUGGUGGACGACCAGUUGGAGAUGGAUUUUGAAGGAGGCACUUUGAAUGCGCGAAUUGUAUGGAAUACAACGGCAAGUGGCGUUUGGGCGCUGCAGCUGCAAUGGGACAACGGUGCUCGGUGGCUGCACCGUGAGGCGCCGGGCGCGGCAACGCAGCCGUGCCGGGAGCCAUGUCGCGUGCCAGGGCCCAGCUGUGGCAGAGCCUUGCUCGACCCGGAGGUCAAUCUGCUCAUCACUGAAGAAGGAUGGGGGUUGAGUUCGGCCAAUUGGCUCAUCAAACACAGCGCUUGGUCCGUGAAGUUUCUCCAUGAUGCCUUGACUGCUGCCCAUGUGGAGCUCCAGCUUUUUGGGGAUCAGGAUGCGAUGAUUUUGCACUUGAUGAACCGUCAGUCGCUGGAAGCCGCGCAGCGGCCUCCGGAAGGGAAGGAUCCGCUGGACCGCCACGCCGCCAUCAUUCCUCAGUUUGAACUCAACGCCUACGACGCCUUGAACGCCCUGACCAUGGAGUGUGAUGCCUUCGUGGAAGGCGAUUUGUUGGUGACCUUCCCGCAGUGCAAAGAUGCUGAGGGAUGCAACGAUGUCUUUGAGCUUGCAGCGGAGUAUGCUCAAGAUGCUGGGAAAUUGCUUGAUCCAGAUGCUGGUGCCUGGUGGCAGCGUCGCGAAUCAACUCCAACCUGGUCCAGGUACAGCCGUUCCUCCUCCGCCUCGCUCCGUGUUUUCGGACCGCGACCUGUGAUCAGGGACGUUUUCACGCGGGAGCAAGAGUACAAUCGGGCAAAACAACAGCGGUCCUUCGCAUGGCUGGAGCAUGUGGGACCAAAUUCUCCUUUGCUACAUGCGAUUGCGGAUGCAUCGUUGAGACGACUGGGCGAGUUCAGCACCCAGCAAUUGGCCAACAUGCUGUGGGGCUUGGACCAUGCGAAUUACCAGAACUCGCGCUUCUUUGAGACGGUGGUGCAGUGGUGCUGCUCACGGCCCAUGAGUUUCUGGCAAAAGGCGGCUGGAGAAGAGAUGGUCUCAGUAAUGACCGCGUUGCGUCCAUAUGCCUCCGGCAAUGCCCAAUGGAGAGAACUUGAGACGUUCUUCACCAACGAGACACUGCGUCCCUUGGCGCGGUUCCUUUGCACAUCCAACUCCUCAGAUGGUUAUGUCCAGGGACUUCGCCAGCUCCGAACCUACCACGCUGGUGCGCUUUACACCUCUUGGCUGUUUGAGGAGAUUGGUGCGCCACUACGGCUGGAUGAUUUGCUGGUGCCAGGUCUUGGCGGGUUUGUGAUUCCAGUUCAGCAGAAAUUCCAUCGGUCAAUUGUUGCCAUGCCGUGGCUGCUGCUGGCGCUGCAUGCCAAAGAAGAUCCCGUGCCAUUACCUUGUGAUGGCGAUGCAUCCAUCGGGCGACGGCCCAACAACUUCCUGGUGUGCCAAGACCGUGCGGUUAGCGGCACACACUGCAUCCUCCACUGCUCCGCUGGCGGCCCCCCGGAAUUUGAGGAUUGCAGCACCAAUGGCAGCUCGGUGAACGAGGUGAAACUGCACGGCCAGCGGCAGAAACUAAGCCAUGGCGAUGUGCUUUCCUUGACGAAGCCUGCAGAGGAUGGAACCGCCUCCGGCCCACGGGUUCAGUAUAAGCUCGUCUACGAAGAUCCCAAGGAGGCAGAUGCAGGAGAUGUACCCGCGACAGCGCCAGAUCUCAAGCCACCGGAAAAGGGGGACGUGAUUUCAGUUGAGCCAUGCUUCGCCCAAGAUCUACUUGUUCAGGAGCAGCAAAGCAAGGCCAAACUGACGUCGGACCUGCUCGUGUCACAGCGCAAGCUGGAAGAAGAGCGGAACACAGUGGAGAAUCUGAUGCGCGAGCUGCGGAAGACUCGUCAGCAGGUAGAUGAGGAGCGCCUGAAGCGUCAAGAUGCCGAGGACAGCCGCACGAAGCUCACCUCUGAGAUGGAAGCCUUGCGGGUCGAGGCGCGACAACUGGAGGAAGUGACAUUGGCGCACGAAGAUUUACGGCUUCGGCACGCCAAUUGCGAGCAGGACAGGUCUAGCAAAAUGACGGGCCAAGGCGAUGCCUCAGGUCGUUAUCAGGGUUGUUUUACAACUGAUACAGUAUUACUUUAUUUCUUUUCCUUUUCAAUUUCUUUAAUUAUAUACAUAUAUUAUAUAAUUAUACAUAUAAUUACAUUAUGUAUGCAUAUAUAUAUAUAUAUAUGCAUGGAACUAGAUAGGUUGAAAUGGAGAUGGCUCAGGCUACACAAAUUGGACUUUUGA